UAGUAUUUCUAAAUGCUGAACUAACAUUCUCUUUUGUUACUUAUGUUGAAGAUGUUGCAGUUGUACCAAGUGACCUACAUUAUCGCAGGAACCUGUGACGACACCAAGUUUUGUGCACGGAAACCUCUGACAUCAAAGGUCACCUGCGGUGGAAGCUAAACUUCGCGGGUUGCCUAGAAGCAUAGAAGCACCGAUCCCAUCUUGGAAUACAAUGAAAAUGGCGCCGCCUACAAUUUACGUCAUCACUUACGUCAUCAUCGCAGUUCUGGUGUCUGAGGCGGUCAUGCGCACUGAAGCGCUCCGAGCGUGCGGGCGGUGGCUGGUGUGCGACUGCGACCCUACCGUCAACGCCGUGCACUGCAACAUGUUCAAUCUCAACGUCAUGCCAGCCGGGAUACCAGCUUCCACCAUCAUCUUGGACCUAUCCAACAACAGGAUACCCACAACAGCCAAUCAGUUUGCCAACUUCUACCGUUUGCGGUAUUUGGAUUUCAGCAGUAACGGUUUGCAGACCAUCGCAGGUGGCACGUUCAACAACCUGAACCAGCUGGAGCUGUUGGAUCUUUCCGACAACCUGUUCGUCAACAUCCCUUGUGGAAUAUUGAGUUUGUUUCCAAAACUUCGCAUUUUUAAGUUCUCGGGGAAUCCUGUCUCGUCUUUCCCCGGUAACUGUUUCAUGGGAAUGAAGGCGAUCCAACAACUCGAUCUCUCGCGGAUGAAGCUAGCGACUGUUAGCGAAGACGCGUUCCAGUGGGUACCGACACUCAACCAGUUAGACAUUUCCAGAAACCAGCUGCAAACGCUGAGCGCUGGAUUCUGUCCAAACGGCGGAAACCUUAUCGAAACGAUGCAGCUGUAUGGUAACCCGUGGCUGUGCGACUGUAACCUGCAACAGAUCCAGCGCUGCACGAACAUCACGCGCAACAUACGCUGUGCAGUGCCGAGGAUGUUGCGAGGGCUCGCCGCCGACAUACUUCUACAGUUCGCGCCUGACCGACUCGUGUGUCCGGCUGCACCCAUGUCCAUCAACCUGUCGUCCUCUGACGUCACUGCUUACGUAGGAGACUCCCUGAGUAUAACCUGUAACUCACCCGGAGUGCGGAGCGACAAGAUCACGUGGCUAAAGAUGACGGGUGACGUAAGAAGGGCCCCGACAAGAUCCGUCCAAUCAGGACCGAUCUUGCCGUUCGCGCGCGUCCAAUUGGUUGAUGGCGGGACGUACAUUUGUGAAGCAGACAGUAACGCCUGGGCGGUGCUGACUCUUCGUGUUCUCCGGCCACUCCCGACCACUACAACUCUCCCGAUGAUGACAACGUUGCCCAACACGACGGCACAGUCAGGAACUACAACCGGCCUACCGCCUGCUGUUGCUACAACUGUGACAACGACUGUGUUAACUACAACGGGGAAUUUAUUCUCUUUGUCAGGUCUAGCUGUACAGAGUGGCGGAGACAAACCGUUUGACUGGACGCUGCUUAUAAUCGCAGUAUCAGCGGCAGCGUUUACAGUUGUGGUGGUGGGUGUCGUGUCCGCGGUGGUGUACUGUAUCUGGAAACGGUCGCGCUGGAAAAGGAGGCUAAAGACAUACGAAGGCCCUUCGCCCAUGUCGGAGCUUGCAGCGUUUGAUCACCUGUUCACAGGACACGACAGCGGGAGUCAGAACUCUACACCCUCAAGUGGUUACGACUCCUCCCCGCUGAACCCGGACAGUGCGAGGAGCAGACCCUCCUCCCCUGCCGUUCGACAACAGACGCCGCCCGCUGUUCCGUACGUCAACAGGCACAAGCGUAGACCAAGCAAAGCAGGCGACGCCGCUGCAACACAGGAUGCGUCAGGUGACGUCCCUGACGCUCCGACAUCACCCCGUUCUAACGACAGACCGACGUCGCCUGUCUCACCGAGAAGCAUCCGGGGACUGGCCUAUCGCCCGAACAGUGCCGGGAGCACGGGCAGCAACAGGAGAACCGGAACCGGAAAUACUAAGACUCUAAGGCGAACAGCUCGUCGGGAUAAGGGGACACGGCCGGCUAGGAAAGAGGGAGAAAGUAUCCCGCUGAGGACGAGGGGGUCGAAGGCUUCUCUUGGCCUCACUGGCGGAGACGAGGAACAUUACGUCUGAUCCAGGCCUAUACCAUUGUUAAGGGUGUCAAAAUUUUGUGUGGUCGAGUGUAGAUGUGCUCAGAUUUGUUGCAUGGCCGACAGGGUGUGCAUUCAAGUUCUUUUCCUCUCAAGUCACCAUAUUAUAAACGUCAUGUUUUGUGCCAUAUAAGUAUAUUUAUAACCAUAAGAUCAGUAGCGAUAUUGUAUAUGUUUAUCAACCAUGUGCUAUAUCUUCGACACAGCAUCAUUAACUUGUGCAGCAUCGUUUAAACAAUAUUCUUAUAUUAUAUAGUCUAUUUUCUUAAGACCUCAGCUUAAGGCUGUGUGCCUUAAAUCUGUACAUGUAAAAUUUACCUCUCUAAGUGUUCUCUAUUGUUAGAAAUUUGACACUUACAUUCUGAGUGGCUUUUGUCUGAUAAACCGUCAGCUAAAUAAGCAGCAUCUGCUGUCUACGUUGGAUCCCAACAGGCUAACUGCGAACACAUUUCAUGUUUCCAAAUAAACGUGCAUUUUGUACCGAUAUAUUCUUGUAAAUAGGAGCAUGUGAAUGAUAAAAACGCAAUACUUCGGCAGCCACUUUGUAAAUACUUUUGUUUCAGGGGCUCUAUAAAUAUACCAUAGCAGUGCGUUCAUGCAUUUGAUGUAGAUUAGAAAUACUCGUCAUCAGUAUAGUUAAAUGAUGCCACAUGGCAUUUUCUAUUACUCCAGUUACUUUAUGGUAGAAAAAUAUUCACGUAGAUAUUCAUUUCUACGUAGCUUCAUUUUUGCUUGGAUUGUUUAAUUAAGGUACGUGUGUACAGUAACUUUGUAUCUAAUUUCCCAACUGAAAUAUGAUUGGCAUGUGCCAAUCAUAGAUCAAAGCUUCUUGAAUGAAAGUCGAGUAGAAAUUUGUAAAAC